AUGUAUAUCAACCCGCCCUUAACUGUUUGUUUCUUCACAGCUUUUGAAGUCGCUUUCUCGUCGCGCACUUCCUUCACAAAAAAUAGAGAGAGAAUAACAACACACAUCAAGAAGAUGGAUAACAGAAAUCUUUUGGCGGCGCGUUCAUCGUCAACAUCGUCGUCCUUCUUGACUGCGCAGUCUAAGAGAAGAAGUAUUCGCCGCGGAUCUUUAAAUGCACCAUCCGCCAUCUCGAGGUGGAAAGAAGAAGAAGAAGAAGAAGGAAAAGGAAACGGUGGUGACGGCGACAGAAGAGUUUUUUCCCAUUGGUUUGGUGUAACGAACAACAACAGAGAGAAACAAGGACAAAGACAACGACGAAGACGAAGACGACAACGACAAAGUAGCGGAGUAAGAGCGCACGGGACAACUUUUUCGGCGGCGGCGUACGCGUCGGGUAACGGCGAUGAUGCUGCCGGAGGAGAAGCAAUACGUGCAGAAGAAGAGGAUCCGUCGACGGCGCCACUCGUCGUUCGAGAUAAAAUCAAAGGCAUAAUACUUUUCAUCCUCCCACUUAUGGCGUCGAACGUUAUUUCACCUUUAUUGACGAUGACAGAUACUGCUUUCGUAGGUAGAUACGCAUCAGACGCCGUUGUUUCUUUAGCUGCGUUAGGUGUUGCCACUCCUUUGACGGAUUACCCGGUGAACUUGUUCAUGUUCGUUACCGCUGGCGUCACGUCUAUCGUCUCGAACGGUUUGGCAGUGAGAGAGCCGAAACGCGACAUGGAAAGAAAAGUGUACGGGGCAAUGUUUAUAUCGUUCACGCUCGCGAUAACACUCGCUGCGUUACUCGUAUGUUUUCCGGACGCAUUGCUUUCAUUGCUUGGCGUAGAAAAGAUUGGACCUUUGAGGGAAGUCGCAAGAAAAUACGUUCAAAUACGAGGAUUAGCAAUGCCGGCGGCAUUUUUAACGGGUGCUGGAUACGCUUCUCUCGUCGCACGCGAGGAUACGAUAACACCGCUCAUGUGCGUUUCGUUAGCAGCAAUCACGAAUGUUAUUUUAGAUUAUGUUGCCGUUGUGACGUUAAAGCAAGGUGCAACCGGAGCAGCGUGGGCAACGUCGGCAUCGCUAUAUGUUGGCGCCAUUUGUAUUUUCACAGUUCUGAGAAGACGGAAGUUGUUUCACAUUCCACCUCCUGCUCCAUCUACGCAGAUGAUAUCUCCGCCGAUGUCAAUUAUCCCAACGAAGGAAAUGUGUGCACCUGUGAUGAAGUUUUUUGCUCCCAUAACGUUUCUGAGUUUCUCCAUCUUGUCAUUAUACGUGGUUCUUAUUUUACAGGCGAAUGCAAUCGGAAACGUCGCUUCUGCCGCGCACAGAAUAGCUGGAAACAUUUUCACAGUCUGCGCAUUAUGCGGAGAUCCACUAGUACAGGUUGGACAAACAAUGUUACCUAAAUAUAUUGCGUUUACGCCGAAAAAUGAUGGUAGAAACGCUCGAAAAAUGGCACUUAUCGUUCAAGCGAUGGGAUACAUGGUUGGUAUCGUUUCGGCGUCGAUAUGCUUCUGGUUGCUUUACUUUGGCGCUUCUGGUUUCACAACAGACAGUUCCGUCAUCGCUUGCGCGCGAAGUGUAGUGCUUCCAGUGUUUGCAGCAACGGUAGCAAAUAUAGUGUCAAAAUCUUUAUACGGAGUUAUGGUUGCGAUGAAACAACUUUCGUUUUUAGCGGGAUUGACAGCCAUCGGAACGAGUACCUUUAUGGCCGCCGUGUUUGCGAUCAACAAAUAUCUAAAUCCAGAAGCGCGUUAUUAUGCUCUUUGGUGGUGCCUAUUUUCGUAUUACGCAAUAGCUGUUGUCGUGUUGACAAUCCGGGUAGCCACGACGCGACUAGUUAACAAAGAAAGAUAUCUCUCUUGA